CAAGGAUCAAAAGGUGGAAGUAACUUUCACAUGUUCUUCCAACAAACCAAGUGCCAUACAUAGGUGAUUAUGUAAGCAUAAUUUGUGCCUUAUGUAAUAAGUACCUGUCACCUAUCAACCAAACCCAAGAAUUUGACUCAACUUUAGCAAGCCAUAUGCGGGAUAGAUUGUCAUGCAAUCUUUGUCUACAAGAUUUUGUGGAAGAACAUGAUCUUGCUAGGAGAAGUGUAGCCCAUUGGACAACUACUGAAUCAUUGACAGAUUUUCCAAAACUGUCAGAAACUAUAUUGAGAAUUUUAACUCUUGGUACUUACCAGUUAAAGCUGAGCUCAAGCUAUGUACAGGAGUAUAUUAGUGGUACUUGUGACUUUCACUUCCACAAGGAAUUUCCGGGUCUUCUAAGAGUUAGACUUCAGAGCCGCCAUAUAACAUCAAAAUCAUAUCUUGUAUGGUUAAAAUAUGAUGAAGACCAUGUAAUUGCAUGGUAUUGCAAAUGUAGGGCUGGGGCUAGGACAGUUGGUACUUGUUCUCAUGUUGCUGCAGUCAUAUGGUACCUGGGCAUGGCUGUCCAUACAGCUGAAACAAGCUUUGGUGUGAAAGACUGGGGUGAGUAUUUGGAGGAUGCUUCAGGUAAUCCAGAAUCAAUAGACUCUUCAAAUUCAGAAGAAAGUAUAGUUGAGGAAUAG